UUUUCGAACGGAAAUACGUCAAUGAAGUGUAGUAGAAUUUCCUGUUAUCAUAGCGGCAGAUACGAAAAAUGGCAGAGUCGAAGAGUCGCAGUUUCUGUUGUGUUCCAGGCUGUUCGUCUUCCAACCAAAAACAGCCCUACCUUUCAUUUCAUUCUUUUCCUGUGGAUCCAAACCUGAAACCCAAAUGGAUACAGGCGAUCCGAAGAGAAGAAGGGCAUAGUUUUAAUGUAAAAACAGGUAGCACCUAUGUCUGCAGCCGGCACUUCGCUCCGGAUGAUUACAGUGGUGGCUGUGUCGUUCGUCGCCUGAAGAGUGGUGUUGUCCCGAGCCUAUUCCCUUGGAACAACUUUACUGCUCCUUUGAGAAGGGAGUCAGUAUAUGACAGAACCUUCAAACGUCAGUCUGUACAGCUAUGCUGUGAAGAUAGCGACAUGGUGGCUAAGGCAGUAAGGAUGGAUCACGACUACGUGACACACCCACCUGCAGGUGCUCUGGAUGAGGCUUUGGAUUACAUCCAUGACUUAGAAGCCAAGUUGCAAAACACUGGUCUACCACCCCCUACUCUCUUCAGCCGAUACUGUUCGUCGGACGACCAAAUACGUUUCUACACCAAAUUUCCAUCCGAGAGUGUUUUUACUAUUUUUUGGGAGUCGAUUGCACCAUCUGCACUUAGACUGGUGUACUGGAUCCAAAGCACAGAGGGCAGGUGA